GCUGGAAAGCCUGCGCUUGACGUCCAGGCGACUCGCAUGAGCAACCCCGCGUCCGGCAGGCCCCCGCCCUCCCACGUCACGGUCGCUAGGUGCAGUGCCCCCUAGGGGCCCUGCGCCGGCUGAGGAGGAAGAGCCAGGUCCUUCCUGCCACCGGCCCGUUAUUGGCCAAGCCGGGUUCCCCUGCCUGGCGCCCGCCCGGCCGCCCUCGGGAGGAACUUGCCGCCGCCGCGUCCCUGUGCCCGGCAGCCGCAUCUCCGCGUCGCGGGAGGUCGUGCCGCCCCUCGCUCGGCCGCGUCCCCGCCGCAUCGCCAUGAGCGCGCGCCUGCCGCUCCUCCUGCGCCGGCUCCGCCGCCCGCCGCAGCCCCCGGGCCCGCCGCGCCGCCUCCCCGUGCCCUGUCGCGCCAGCAGCGGCGGUGGCGGCGGGGAGGGCCUGCUCGGGCAGCGGCGGCUGCAGGACGCCCAGGCCGGGACCAGCCGCGGCCAGGGCAGCCGGGCGCCCCCGGCGCGGGACUCGAUCGUCAGAGAAGUUAUUCAGAAUUCAAAAGAAGUUCUGAGUUUAUUGCAAGAAAAAAACUCUGCCUUUAAGCCAGUUCUUGCUAUUAUUCAGGCAGGUGAUGAUAACUUGAUGCAGGAAAUAAACCAGAAUUUGGCUGAAGAGGCUGGCCUGAACAUCACUCACAUCUGCCUUCCUCCAGACAGCGGGGAAGAUGAGAUUAUAGAUGAAAUCUUGAAAAUUAAUGAAGACACUAGAGUACAUGGCCUUGCCCUUCAGAUCUCCGAGAACUCAUUUACCAACAAAGUCCUCAAUGCCUUGAAACCAGAAAAAGAUGUGGAUGGGCUAACAGAUGUAAACCUAGGGAAGUUGGUACGUGGGGAUGCCCAUGAAUGUUUUGUGUCACCUGUGGCCAGAGCUGUCAUUGAAAUUCUUGAAAAGUCAGGUGUCAACUUAGAUGGGAAGAAGAUCUUGGUGAUAGGAGCCCAUGGGUCUUUGGAAGCUGCCCUACAAUGCCUGUUCCAGAGAAAAGGGUCCAUGACGAUGAGCUCGCAGUGGACAACACCUCAGCUUCAAAGCAAGCUUCACGAGGCUGACAUUGUGGUCUUAGGCUUGCCCAAGCCGGAGGAGAUUCCCCUGUCUUGGAUACAACCAGGAACGACUGUUCUCAACUGUUCCCAUGACUUCCUAUCAGGGAAGCUUGGAUGUGGUUCUCCCGCGGUACAUUUUGGUGGUCUUAUUGCAGACGAUGAUGUGAGUCUCCUUGCUGCCGCUCUGCGGAUCCAGAGCGUAGUCAACAGUGGAAGGAGACGGCUUCGUGAGCAGCAGUACACCAGGUGGCAACUUCACUGCUUGGAACUUCAGCCUCUCUCCCCCGUACCGAGUGAUAUUGAGAUUUCAAGAGCCCAGACUCCAAAAGCCGUGGAUGUCCUUGCCAAGGAGAUAGGAUUGCUUCCAGAUGAAAUUGAAAUCUACGGCAAAAGCAAAGCCAAAGUACGUUUGUCCCUGCUGGAGAGGUUCAAGGAUCAAGCAGAUGGAAAAUAUGUUUUAGUGGCUGGGAUCACACCCACCCCUCUUGGAGAAGGGAAAAGUACAGUGACCAUUGGGCUUGUUCAGGCGCUGACUGCACACCUGAACAUCAACUCCUUUGCCUGUCUGAGGCAGCCUUCUCAAGGACCGACUUUUGGAGUUAAAGGAGGAGCUGCGGGCGGCGGAUAUGCCCAGGUCAUCCCCAUGGAGGAGUUCAACCUCCACUUGACUGGGGACAUCCAUGCCAUCACCGCUGCCAAUAAUUUGCUGGCCGCUGCCAUCGACACAAGGAUUUUCCACGAAAACACUCAAACAGAUAAGGCUCUGUAUAAUCGACUGGUUCCUUCAGUGAAUGGUGUCCGAGAAUUUUCAAAAAUUCAGCUUGCUCGGCUCAAAAAACUGGGAAUAAAUAAGACGGAUCCAAGUGCACUGACAGAAGAGGAAAUGAGGAGAUUCUCCCGUCUCGACAUCGACCCCUCCACCAUCACGUGGCAGAGAGUAUUGGAUACAAAUGACCGAUUUCUACGAAAAAUAACGAUUGGGCAGGCAAACACAGAGAAGGGAUGUUCCCGGCAGGCGCAGUUUGACAUUGCGGUGGCCAGUGAAAUCAUGGCGGUGCUGGCCCUGACCCACAGCCUCACGGACAUGAAGGAGCGGCUGGGAAGAAUGGUGGUAGCCAGUGACAGAAAGGGGCAGCCCGUGACAGCAGAGGAUUUGGGGGUGACAGGUGCUUUGACAGUUUUGAUGAAAGAUGCAAUAAAACCAAAUCUGAUGCAGACCCUAGAAGGGACACCUGUGUUUGUGCACGCUGGCCCCUUUGCUAACAUCGCCCAUGGCAACUCUUCAGUGUUGGCUGAUAAAAUUGCCCUGAAACUGGUUGGUGAAGAAGGAUUCGUAGUAACUGAAGCUGGCUUUGGUGCCGAUAUUGGGAUGGAGAAGUUCUUCAACAUCAAGUGCCGGGCCUCUGGCUUGGUGCCCAACGUUGUUGUGCUGGUGGCGACAGUGCGAGCUCUGAAGAUGCACGGAGGCGGGCCAAGUGUAACUGCUGGUGUCCCUCUUAAGAAAGAGUAUACAGAGGAGAACAUCCCGCUGGUGGCAGACGGCUGCUGUAACCUUCAGAAGCAAAUCCAGAUCGCUCAGCUCUUUGGGGUUCCGGUUGUAGUGGCUCUAAAUGUCUUCAAGACCGACACCCGCGCUGAGAUCGACUUGGUGUGUGAGCUUGCGAAGCAGGCUGGUGCCUUUGAUGCGGUCCCCUGCUAUCACUGGUCGGUUGGUGGCAAAGGGUCGGUGGAGCUGGCUCGAGCUGUGAGAGAAGCUGCAAGUGUAAGAAGUCGUUUCCGCUUCCUGUAUGAUGUUCAGCUUCCAAUUGUAGAAAAGAUCAGAACCAUUGCCCAGGCUGUGUACGGAGCCAGAGAUAUCGAACUCUCUCCUGAGGCACAAUCCAAAAUAGAUCGUUACACGCAACAGGGUUUUGGAAAUUUGCCCAUCUGCAUGGCAAAGACCCACCUUUCUCUGUCUCAUCAACCUGACAAGAAAGGUGUACCCAGAGAUUUCAUUUUACCCAUUAGUGAUGUCCGGGCCAGCAUAGGCGCUGGGUUCAUUUACCCUUUGGUUGGAACGGCUAUGAAUCUUCCUCCAUCCCAACUAACACCACCACAUCCACAGCCAUGAAAUCCAGUUCUGGAAAAUCAUAAUUCUAUCAGCCACAGCUCGCAUGUGAACACUGGUCCAUCCGUCCGUCCCUCUGCUCCUCUUUGACGUGUGACUAUUAGAAGAUGAAUGUGUGGAAUGGUCCUGGAGGGGUGGCUGCAGGCCCGCUGGGUUUCCUGAAGAGAGCCCUCUGGGGCAGUUACGGUGUCUCCACACCAGGCCACGGCAGUGGACGUCAGUGCUCUGUGAUGAAAUCCUCCAGAAACAGUCAAGUGUGAGGAUCCAGGAAGGAAGUGGUGCUUGAGUAAGGAAGUUCCUGGAGGUCAGGAAACCGUCGCAUGGAGGCGGUGGCCUCAGAGGUCUGCUUUCUAUGACACAGCAGGAAGCUGCGAGUGUGUCAGGCAAACGCACCGCUGGAGGCCAGGAUCGCCUAAUAAGGGCUGGUAUUUACUUUUACUUGACCCCAUUCUGGGCCCCGGCCACAGUCUGCUAAAAUGCUUCUAACAUUCAUCACCCGUGUGGGAGACACAGUGUAGCAAUUUCCUGCAGAGAUGACCGAGGGAAGAGGGAAUGGGGACACUGGAGGCACUGGCUCCUGUAGGUGGGAAAAUUCUAACAUAAUGAAUCACCCUUACUCUUAAUCACUCAACGUGUGCUUAUUUGAGUGCCUUUGAAAUUCAUACUCAUCUAUCCACUCCAGAAAGAAAGCCCAAACUGAGACCUCAAAGUCAGAAUGCCCAGUUUUCCUGCAGUGUCUAUUCAUUCAUUCAUUCAUUCAUUCAUUCAUACCUACAGCAUGCGUGAGCUGUUGUCAACCACGUGGAGAUGAACAAGAUCCAGUCCUUCCCUCCCGGGUUUCAUGAUAGUAAAUAAAACCAUGCAAGUCCAGAAUGCUGUGGGCUUUACAGCAAAGGAGAAAUCCCCUCUUGGUGUGUCCUCAAGGGAGGCACGCCACUCUGGCUACCUAGUAGGUCUAAAAGUGGGGAAUCUCAGCACAAACAAGUCCUUCCUCAAACAAUACACAUCUGCAGCCUUGCUGGCUGUGAGAGAUCAUGUGGUGAAAUGCUGGAGAUUUCAGGUUUUUUUCCCCGCCAGAUGUAGCUUUCUAAAUAUUUACUUUUAUCCUCCAUCUUCACUUACAGGCCAAGGUUUUCUACCAUUUAAUUAUUUCAUCAUGUUCUGUUUAGUUACUGCUUUAAUUGGCAUUGAUCACCACAAUAAAAUAAUAAUGAUAAUAAAUAUGAUUAACUGGUAUAGACCCUUCACUCAUACAUUUCACUUCCCCAUGCUGUUGUUGUUUUUGUUUUUUUGUGGGUUUUUUUUGGUGAGGAAGAUUGUCCCUGAGCUAACACCUGUGCCAGUCUUCCUUUAUUUUGUAUGUGGGUCACCACAGCAGCAUGGCUUGAUGAGUGAUGUAGGUCCAAGCUGGGAUCCAAGCCUGUGAACCCGAGCCACCGAAAGAGUGUGCCGAACUUAACCUCUACCCCACCAGGCUGGCCCCCCAUGCUGUUUUUAUAGAAGCACCUGGUACAGGGAUUUCUCAGCUUAUGGCCAUCUAAGAAUUUUGCUAUGAUUUUUACAUUCGUUGUCAGUGUUUUCCAUCUUGCCGUAGCUAAUUUUUUCUUCCUAAAAUAACUGUCUUCAUUCCUACUAAGCUCCGUGUGUUCUUUAUAUGACAUUAUACUUAUAUGUUCUUUCCAGCAUAUUAUUGAAAGCUACAAAAUAGUACAAGAUUCCUGACCAGCCCCUCACCACUUAGUACAUCUCCCUGUAAGAAACAGUUGAGCAAAUACAGAUCUUUGAUGUGGAGAGAAAAGAGCAAAUUGUUUUUAAGAUUUUCCAACUCCGUAUUCUGCAGAUCACCCUGCUAUGUUAUGUUUCCAAAAUUCUUUCAAACCUUAAGGUUUACAGUGUUCAAUAAACCUAAUAGCUUCUAAAACUUUUCCAAAACAAUCUCGUGCCAAAAAAAAAAAUUUAGUAGGUGGUCUUCAUCUUAUGGUCACAUUGUUUUGAUAUUGUCUUUAAGUUUCUGUAAUUUACAAGAGCUGUUUAAUCAUUUGGCAUAAAUUUCGUCACAUAAAAAUAUUAAUGUGUAAGCAAAGCAUAUGAAAUGAUAUUACUGAGAAGUAAAUUACAUUCCAUAUAGGAAAAGAUGCCAAAAUGUUAACAUCGGGCUGGAUCGUACAAAUAGUUUUUUUCCUUUACUCUUCUGCUUACUUCAAAUUACUACACUGAGCACAUGUCACUUUUAUAACAUGCGAAUACAAUAAAUAGGGAAGUGAUAAACUAAAAGUACUUGGAAAAAAAUGUUUAACUAGGGCCAGUCAGUUGCAACGGAGUCAGAACAGGUGUACGGCAGGUGGAAUCACCUUGCCCAUCCUAGCUGUCUUAUAGUGUCUUAACACGUGAAAAGUUGGGACACCAAGGAAAGGACAAAAGAGCUAGAAUGUUCCUAUAAGAAAUGCACUCCUGGGGCCAGUCCGGUGGCAUAAGCGAUUAAGUGCGCACGCUCCGCUGCAGCGGCCCGGGGUUCGCCGGUUCGGAUCCCAGGGGCGCACCGACGCACUGCUUGGCAAGCCAUGCUGUGGCGGCGUCCCAUAUAAAGUGGAGGAAGAUGGGCAUGGAUGUUGGCCCAGGGCCAGUCUUCCUCAGCAAAAAGAGGAGGAUUGGCAGAUGUUAGCACAGGACUAAUCUUCCUCGCAAAAAAAAAAAAGAAAAGAAAGAAAAGAAAUGCACUCCUGAGCGUGGUUUGUGUACUUCCAUCUAAUGUUCGCUAGCCCCAGAUUCUGCUAAGGAAAUGCAAGACAGUUUGUCCCCUGUUGAUUUGUCCCAGAGCUCUGCUUGCUUCCUCUUGUCAGGUGGAGAGAGGAUGAGGAGCUCCUUUCUUCUCACAGAGCUUUCUGACACAAUGAAGCAGUGUCAGAACAGUUGGCACGGCGAGGUGUCCCACCCAGCGUGAAUUCCUAGCAGAAGUUCAUUUGAAGUGAGUUUUCGGUGUAUCGGACUGUUUUCCUUUGAAGUCACAUUGAGGCAGUGAGCCAGGCGCCUGAAGAGCUUAG